AUGGCAGUUCACAGUGGCGCCGGGAGGAGGAAGUGCCCCGCGCCUCCCUCAGCAGCUCCAAGUCCCCAGCCCCGGCGGCGACCCCGAGACACCUGUUUGGCUGCGCCCGGGUUUGGUUCCACCCUCCACGCUCCCCCAAAAGCACACUCCGCGCUGGGAGGACGAAGGGAGCCGAGACCUUGGACCCGCAGCCUGAGGGCGCCUCCGCCGGCCGUACCUGACAUCAGCCGCGGCUCCCUCUCGCCCCUCCUGGGGGGCGGAGAGGGGGACAACAGGAGACCGGCAACCUUAGCUCCUCCCGGCACCGGCAGAAGUGGCUCGUGGCCGCUAGCUGGGGCCGCCCGCUGCCGCCCAGAUUAUUCCCUGGCGGCGGCGGCGGCGGCAGCGGCGGCGGCUGCCGAGGCGGACCCAGCUCGCGCUCCCGCCCGCUCGCUCCGCCCCUCCCCGCAGCGCGUCCAGGCCGCGGCCCGCCGACGGCGCAGCCGCCACCCAGGGGUCUCCUAGCGCUGACGUCUCUGCCGCCGCACCAGCCCCAGGGAAGGGCGGAGCGAGAGGGGGCAGGGUGGGGCGGGGUUAUGGCGACGUGCGGACGCGGAGAUUGGCCGCCAAGCUCACGCCCCGCCCUUCUGCGAAGGGGUCUGGGAAGUCGGGUCUUCUAUGAGCAGUAGUCUCUGCCCACUUGCGGCUCCUCGCCGCUGGGCUUCUCCUUCCUGGUCCUGGUGCUGGUUUUGCACUAGCUUCCGGACCUUGAGAGAGACUAAGCAGUGAAACUGCAGGGACUGAAGCUGGAGGACUUUGAAUCAGAAAGCUGUUUUUGGAUUAGAGGGAGGAGCCUGUGAGCCACUGAGACAACCCCCACAGCAGUCAGGAGGUGGGGAUAAGGUCUUGGCUUUAACCAUCCUCUGUCUACAAGGCCUUAGCUUGAGGAUGAGAAAAACUGAGGUCAGAAAAACUGAUAGACCAUUUUAGAGGUGCAAGUAUCCUGAUGUUCAG